AGCUGGCACAGUGUGUCCUUGGCGCCUGCGGAAGGAACACGGGCUGUGUGGGCGGGAAAGCGUCCGGUUCGAGCAUCACCGACUGAGUACAAUGGGCGUCCUGAGCAUGACAUCCGUGGGCGUGUGGGCGGCAGUGACUCUGCUGUUAAUGAGCGUGUUGCAACCGCCCACGACAGACGCUGCAGCGGCGCCUUGGCGACGGUGCUGCAGAGGGGGGCGCUUCGUUGCAGGGGCUCUGGGCUUUGCAGGAGGCUAUCUUCUCGGCCACCACCACCACCACCACCACGGGGGGUGCGGGGGAUGGAGGCGGCUGCGGAGGAUGUGGAGGAGGAUGCGGAUGGUGCGGAGGUGGAUGGUACGGCCGGAAGAGGAGGAGUCUCGAUGAGGUGAUGGAUAAGGAGGCGCUGGAGGAACUCUACUGGAAGAUCGCCAAGGAGGACCAGGAGAAGUGCGGCCUCAGGCUGGUCUGCGAGUUGGCCCAGAAGGACCCCAAUGACCUCACCGGGGACGAGACCCUGCUGCUUCUGCCCUACAGAGGCCGCCCGGAGAGCUCGUCGCAGUCCUCCUUCGGGCGCUACGACGAGGCGGUGCGGCGCGGGCAGGAGGGCCGCCGCUGCCACGAGAUCUACGACGCCUGCGCCUUCCCCCACGUCGAGCUGAUGGCGCAGUACAGGGCCAACCUCACGAGCGACGACCCGCACGCCUUCCUGUUCCCGGAGGAGGCGCUGGAGGUGGAGGCCGUCGAGAAAUGAGGCCUCUGGAAUAAAGCCUUGGUAGCCAC